CUAUCGUUAACGACUAAACGUGUUAGACGGACCGUGUCACAACGGAAGAGUUAGUGCCACAGUGCGGACCGAGUGCGCCCAGUCUCCGUUAUUCAACAGGACGUGUUAACAUGGAUUUUUAUCUCCACUUCAUACUGCCCACGCUGAUGGUCAUUGUGAUGGUCAAAUCUGGACAAAUUCACCAGGCACCAAGGAUUUAUCAAUUGCACGUUCGUUCGGAGGUGAAAAUGAGAUUUGCAAGCACACUGGUGACAAGCAAAGUGGUUAAUCCGGGCGAUGAGGCACGAGAGGCAACGUUUGACGUCACACUUCCCAAGGAGGCAUUCAUUACUUCAUUUCUUAUGGAGAUUGACGGUAAGACAUACCCUGGGGAUGUAAAGGAGAAAGAGACAGCUCUCAAACAGUACCAGAAGGCGAAACAGAGUGGACAGAGCGCUGGACAUAUUAGUAGAAGACCAAGGGAGACAAACCAGUUUCAAGUAUCUGUCAACGUUGCUGCUGCAAGCAAGGUGACCUUCAACCUGACGUACCAAGAACUGCUGAAGCGCACGUUCGGUUACUACGAGAAUGUCAUCUUUAUCGACCCUGGGCAGGUUGUUGACGACAUGCGUGUGUUUGUUAUAGUGACGGAGAGUAGGCCUAUUAUAAAGUUCCGAGUACCACCUGUCAGUAAUGAUAUCCCAAACUUACUGGACACUACCGCUGGAGAAGAGAAUGUUACCAUUGGCCGACCGGACCGUAACACCGCCUUUGCGCUAUUUGUUCCGGAUGCUGCUGAACAAAGGCGCAGAUCAGAACAGGGAAUAUCCGGCAAGUUUAUCGUGCAGUACGAGAUUGAGCGAGAUUCAGACUAUGGGGACGUACUGGUUGUGGAUGGUUACUUUGUUCACUUUUUUGCACCCACUGGAAUCGAACCUAUGCCAAAAGAUAUAGUUUUCCUGCUGGACGUCAGUGGAUCCAUGCAAGGCCGGAAGUUAAGUCAGGUGAAGGAGGCUAUGAAUCGUAUCCUAGACGAUUUGGGGGACAGGGACAGGUUCAACAUUCAACUUUUCGCAAAUAGAGUAAAAACUUUCCGAUAUUUUCUACAGAAUGUCACAACAGAUACUAUCACAGAGGCGAAUAAAUUCAUUCAAAAUUCUCGAGCAGACGGAGGUACAAAUAUCGACAACGGGCUGGCUAAUUCUCUGAAAGUCUUGAAUGCUGCUAUGAGCAACACUUCUUCCAGAGCACAACUCAUCGUGUUUCUAACGGACGGUGACGCUACUUCCGGUGAAACCAGUUCAACCAAAAUUCUCAGUAAUCUGAAAGAACGAAAUGAACUUUCAAUACCAAUAUUUUGUCUGGCAUUCGGCAAAGACGCUAAUUUCAACUUAUGCAAAUCGAUAAGUUUAACUAACUUUGCUUUAGCAAGGAGAAUAUACGAAGAUUCCGACGCCUCUUUACAAAUCAGUGGCUUCUACGACGAAGUGUCCGUUUCGUUAUUGAAAAAUAUUUCCUUCAAGUACUUGGGGGAUGCCGCACAGGAUGGAAAUAUUACUACCUCGAAGUUCAACAACUAUUUUUCUGGUUCAGAAUUAGUUAUUGCAGGACAGCUUGAAGUAAAAAAUACUACAUCCAUAGAUAUAUCCAUAACAGGUACUGGAUCGAACGGUGUCGUGGAUUUUCUGACGACAGCCAACUCUAUUGAAUUAAAUAUACCCCCGUCCUCUAGCACUGACAUCACUAUCGAGGAUGACGUCAUCAUCGACGGCAGCGAGUCCGGUACAGGCAAUGAUAUAGCGCGGAUAUCCGAUCUGGAUCCCGCUGUGGCAAAGUCCAUUACGGAGAAGAUGUGGGCCUACCUCACAAUUAAGGAGAUGCUCAGCAAGAAGGAGGCCACAGAUGACAAGGCAGAGAUAGAGAAGCUACGGAAACGAAUCCUUGAUUUAUCUCUUAAGUAUCAGUUCGUUACGCCUUUGACCUCCAUGGUCGUGACGAAACCAGACAAGGAAAGCCAGUUAAGUGAUCUGAGAAACAGUGAAGGAUCCGGGUCGCAGUCAGCUCGACCCAUCCAAACACCUUCGUCUAGACGACACAGAGGACGAGGUGGGAGAGGAGGAGGAGGUGGAGGUGGCGGCGGCGGCGGUGGCGGACGGAGUUAUAGUGGUGGAGGGGAUCCCCACUUUGUCGUGCCACUUCCGGAAGUCGAUUUACCUUUGUGCUUCGACGUUGAGAGUGAGGCAAGGACUUAUAUCAGGUUACUGGAAGACCCACUUACAGCAUUGGUUAUCAACGCCGCAAUUGUCCCAACCGGGAUACUGAAACAGGAUAUGCGGCUGAAGACAUAUAUGGGCGAGAUAUUCAUCCGCGCGGAGGGAACUAUAAUCGUGGUGACACCUCGAGAAAUCAUCACGAACUCUAGUUUUUCUGAAUGGACAGACGGAACACCUAUUAUUCGAGGGAACUUCUUUCUUCAAGCAAGUGAUGACGGCAACAUUCUGACCAUUAAAACAGGAUAUGACGUCAUUAUAGUUAUCAGGAGGCAUAUGUCUUCAAGGAUGGAACCAAUAGAUUAUUUGAACAUCAACAUAGAAAGCGAUGAAGGACUUUCGGCUAGCUCUACCGGGAUAUUAGGUCAUUUGGUGAAAAAGAAAAUCUGGCUUAAGAAGAUUGUGGAAAGGAACGGAAGGACAGUUGGAUUAUUUCGCAUGAAGGACAGUGGGGCAAUAUCCCACUUUCAUGCUCGACUUCAUAUGAAACACGAUUUGAUAUCCGAUGCAGAAUUCAUGUGUUGGAAUGCAAUGCAUGAUAUAGAUGGGCUCUUUAACGGAAAAUUGAAAACUUUCAAAUUAAAAGGUUUCUUCACGUAGUGCCAAAUACAGAUGAUCGGGUUUUUCAAUAGCACUGGUAUCAUGUAGGGGACCGCAGUAUGUUUCUGCCAAGCAAUUCAUUUCCACAAAUACACAUUUUCGUGACUAAAGUUUUUCGCCUUUGAAGAGCUGUAACUGAUUUUAAGUCCAAUUGGCGCUACAGAAGGGUACUUCAGAUUUGUAUACUGUUGGUCAGUCUGCCCGUUUGUGAACAGUCUUGUCCUAGACAAACACUCAUCGGUCUACCACUGUUGAUCGCAAACGAACAUUUCUGCGACAAGUUGAGUUUGCACUUUAUGCAGGGUUAUGCUCCUUGAUGCGAUGAACGUCACAAUUUAAGCCCAUAUGCUACGACACCGCUUAUGGCAGGUUUUUUUUCUGGUCAAAUUUUGGCAAGUUGAAAUGUGUCUUACUCAAAUUGAACCCUGUGAUUUUGCUCACAAAGAUUGACUUUUCUUAUAAAUUAAAGAAUGCAUUUCGCCGAUAAUAGUGAUAUUCAGUGUUACACUUUCAAUACAGCAAUGAAGGAUCUGUGAAUUGAAUUUGUUAAUGAAUGUUUUAACGACGAUUCAAAAGGAAUUUCUGUAUUGUUUACUGUGCAGUAUCUACAAAUGUACAAACAUUAUUAUCUUAUUGUUGUCUAUUUUCCGCUCUGGUUGGUACUGCUGCAAAACACCGGAGUCGAGUUAUAUGUUAUGUCUUUAUAUCGCUCUUUUAACAAAACGUCAAACGUUAAAUACAUUUUAUCAUUGUGUAUAGAUUCAUUUUGUGUUUUCAUUAUUCUCAUUCCCAGUCACGAUAUCCAUUUUCACUGCCGCAUCUGAAAAUUCGAAAUAAAGUCACGCGAAAAAUUUGAAGUCGUAUGACACUAAUUACAUAGAUAAGUUGUCGCGAGCAAAUUAAUGAUUAACCUUAUUAGACACUUAAAUCUCAUUGAGUGGUCAUGUUUAACUAUGUACUAUAUAUUAUGUAAUAAUUUAUAGGUCGGUUGUUAACUCGCCUUGUUUACUACACAUUCGUAAACAAAUUCAUCUUCAUUAUUAUUCUUUCUAAAUUUAUUCUGUAACGUUUUAUAAAGCAUUGAGUUAUCGUGAAUACCAUAACAUGUAUUUUCACAAUUAAGAUUUUCUUGUGCGUAUGUUCUAUAAAGCCUAGCUCGUUCGCAUAAUUUGGGUAAUAUGAUUGAUAACUGGAUGUGUACCUGUUAUUAUGUUGUUUACCGUUUUCGUUUGGAAUCGGUCAUUAAACACCUGAUUGAUGAAUACUAAUAUUAUUUGGUCAUUAGUUAUAUGUGAUCAGGUCGGUCACAUUUGAAAACAAAAAUGUGCUGUUUUGUCAGCAAAUAACAUUUAUAUAUUGUUUUGUAUCUGUCUGAUAAUGCACGUUCAAUGGAUGUUUGCAAAUGCAUGUGCUUUACAUAUCCAAAAUUUCGCGUUUUACUUACUUUACUAACUGUGAAUUGUUUGAUGAUUACAAUGUAAACAAAUGUAAUUGGUAUUUUUGAAAUUGUUUUUAUUUUAUAAAAUACAUCGUGCACUUAA